UCUGCCAGUUGUGUGGUGACGGUGAGGGGUUGAGGUCGGGUGUUUGAGCACGUAACGGUCACGUGCGUAGCGCGCGACCCGGUGGACUGAGCGGGGUGUGUGCCCCGAGACUGCCCUGGUGGGUGCGGCGGGACUGAGGGCUGCCCAUAGCGGGCGCAGUGAAACAGAGACUGACCGGCCGAGGGACGUUUUUGCCGGACCUACCCGUGAGUGCUGACCGCACCUGCCCGCCAUGCUGGAGGUCAGAUCAGCCAUUCUGGUAGUGCUACUGGCUUGUGGCGCAUUCUGCGAUGACGUCCCGCAGGCGCCUCAGCGUCCUCUGGUGGUCAGUUUUACAUCCCGGUCUGCCAAACUGUCCUGGGCACCGCUCUACACUGCCGACACGCCUGCGAUGAACUACGUCCUGCAGAAAAGACGAUACGACCCGCCUGGUCCGUGGGACCAAGAGACUGAGAUCACCAUCCCCGACAACCGCACCACCUUCAACGUCACGGGACUGCUGCCCUUCACGGCCUACAGCUUCCGCAUCUUCUCUGUCAACAGCGUGGGCCGCAGUCUGGCCAGCGAACCCUCCUACCCGAUGGUCACACACAGAGAACCGCCGAGCGGGAAGCCGACGGUGAUCAAGACGUUCAGUCCGAGCUCGGACUCGAUCGAGGUGGUCUGGAGGCCGCCGGACCGGUCCGAGAUGAACGGAGAGUUUAUCGGCUACCGGCUCUCCGUCCGACCUCGGGACAAGGUCGAUAUGGAGUGGACCCAAACCGACCUCCCGGGAAACGUCAACGAAUCGACGAGCCACGUAAUUGAGGAUCUCAGACCGUACACAGAGUACCUGAUACGAAUUCAAGUGAAGAAUAUGAUGGGGGCGGGUCCGGCCACUGUCGUUAGGGAAACCACCAAAGAUGGAGUGCCGGAGCGUCCGGAGAACCUGACGCACGCCGCCGUCGGGGACAGCUGGGCCUGGCUGACCUGGAGCGAGCCCAUCCACCCCAACGGUGUCAUCGUGGGCUACUACCUCUACUUCGAGUUCACCGACUACGACAGGAACAUCACCGACAACCGGAUCAUCACCGAGGCCCGGCCGCGCAUGGAGUACAACCUCACCGGGCUGAUGCCGUACACCCGCUACACGGUGUGGCUGCACGCCAAGACCAGCAAGCACGAGGGUGACCGCUCCGAGACGCUCUCGCUGCGCACGGACGUGGGCGGUCCGGGCGCGCCGCUGAUCACUAACGCCACGUGCCGCGCCGACACGUCGAUCGUGGUGCGCUGGCGUCGGCCGCGACAGCUGCGGGGAUCCAUCGACUUCUACUACGUGCGCUACCGCGGCGAGUUCGACCCGGACCUCGAGCAGGUCAUGAUCGAGACCAAUCCGGAGGUCGCAGAGGAACAGAUCACACUGGCUAACCUAACAACGGACACGAUAUACGAAGUGCAUGUGGUGGGGGUCACCAAGUCGCGCUUCAACGACUCGCUGCUCUACUGGGGAGAGCCGUCCGAGACCCGGUCCGUGAGACUGCAGCACGACUGUGAGAGGAUCCAGCGCAUGGAGAGUCUGAAGAAGCGGCGUCACGUCGGCUGGAACCUCAGCUCAGGAAUGGUGGCCGGCCUGGCCUGUGCCAGCUUCGCGCUGCUGCUCGCCAUGCUGGCGCUUAUAUUCUGGAGGAAGUACUUCCAGGCGGCGUACAACUACCUGGACGAGCCCAACAAGACACCAUCCACGCUCUCCACCGACUGGGAGACCGACUGUCCCGACGGGCCGGGCGCCCCCAUCCCCGUCCACCUGUUCCCCAAACACGUGAGCCGACUGCACGCCGACGGCGACAUCGGCUUCAGCAAGGAGUACGAGGCCAUCCAGACGCAGACCCUGCUGGACGGAUACACCUCCGACUUCAGUCAGCAGACCGAGAACAAGGACAAGAACAGAUACCUGAAUAUUGUGGCGUACGACCACACGCGGGUGCCCCUUCAGCCGAUGGGCUCCCAGAAGCGGUGCGACUAUGUGAACGCCAACUUCAUCGACGGCUACCAGAAGCCGUGCGCCUAUAUCGGCACCCAGGGCCCACUGCCGGCCACCUUCGACUGUUUCUGGAGGAUGGUCUGGGAGCAGAACGUGCACAUUCUCGUCAUGAUCACCAACCUGGUGGAGCGCGGACGGAAAAAGUGCGACAUGUACUGGCCCCAGGAGGGAACAGAGACGUUCGGCGUCGUCAGAGUCACCAACCUCGGCCAGGACGUGAUGGCGACCUACACGAUUCGCAAGUUCCGAAUCCAGCAUUUGAAGCUAAAGAAGAAGAGUCGGGCAGCCACGGAGCGCGUGGUGUACCAGUACCACUAUACCAACUGGCCCGACCACGGCAUCCCCGACAGCCCGCUGCCCAUCCUCAGCUUCGUCAGAAAGUCGGCAGCCGCCAACCCCGACGGCGCCGGACCCAUCGUCGUCCAUUGCAGCGCCGGUGUAGGUCGAACGGGCACCUACAUCGUGCUAGACUCGAUGAUGAAGAUGAUUCGGGCCAAGGGCGAGCUGAACGUCUUCGGCUUCCUCAAGUACAUCCGGACGCAGCGCAACUUCCUAGUGCAGACGGAGGAGCAGUACAUUUUCCUGCACGACGCCCUGUUGGAGGCCAUCGAGAGCGGUGAGACGGACAUCCACCGGACCUUCCUGCGCCGCUACCUGCACAACCUGCAGACUACCGAGCAGGACAUCUACCCCUGGUACAGCCUCGACAGACAAUUCGGGAUGGUGACCUACGACAAGCCGUCUGACUUCAAUCUAUCCUCGGGCCGGCACCCGGCCAACGCGCACAAGAGUCGCCACCCGGGCCUGCUGCCGAGCGAGUGCAGCCGCGUCUGCGUCAGCCCGCGGCCCGGCGUCGAGUGCUCCGACUUCAUCAACGCCUCCUGGCUGCCGGGCUUCGGUCGGCUGCGCGAGUUCAUCGUGACGCAGCACCCGCUGGCCUCCACGCUGGCCGCCUUCUGGCAGAUGGUCUGGGAUCACAACGCGCAGACCAUCGUCCUCCUCAGCCCAGUCGAUGACCAGGAGUACUGCAUCUUCUGGCCACUGGAGCAUGAUGACCUGGAGUUUGAACACUUCAGAGUUCGGUUCACAGCAGAGAACCAGGCCGGAAGUUACGUCCUGCGUGACUUCACACUGCAAUCUCACACGGACGACUACGAACUGGCCGUGCGCAUCAUCCAGUGCUCCAACUGGCCGGCCAGCUGCUCCCCCAUCGGACACGUCUUCGACCUGAUCCAGGUGGUGCAGCGCUGGCACCUCGAGUACCAGAACGGACCGUGCGUGGUGGUGGACCGGUUCGGCGGCACCGAGGCGGCCACCUUCUGCUGCCUGACCACGCUGAUGAAGCAGCUCGAGUACGAGUCGCACGCCGACGUGUACAUGUACGCGCGCCUGUACCAGCGGCGGCGGCCGGGCGUCUGGCCCAGUCGCGAGGACUACUUGUUCCUGUACCGGGCCGUCGAGGCGCUGGUGGCGGGCGGAUGCGUGUCUCCCUUGCUGCGGCCGCCGCCUGACGUGGCCGACGUCCAGCCGCAGCCACUGAGGCCGAUCCUGAAGCGGGGCAGCACGGCCGGCCAGCGCCGCGUGCCGCCCGAUGGCAUGGAGACCGUCAUCGUGGACGUGGGUGAGCUGGAGCUCUGACACGGACUGGGCGGCCGCCGCACGGUCCCCUCCUCACUGAGGGCGGAGGGAACAGCGGCUGAGGCGCUGCCACUCACCCAUAUCUGGCGUCCAGACGAUAUCACCGAGCGUAAGUGAAUGUCUAGUCAGCGACGGGCCGAACCGGACGCUUUGUUGAUCGUUCCUGCAGAGACGCUGGCAGCGGCCGGACGUUUGCUCAGUGUCACAGCGAUCGUGAAGGUGAAGUUGGUUGUCGGGAUCUCGACUGACUUCAUUGAGACUACUCAGUGUUCAUUGGUGUCUCAGAUAGCGCGUCUUUAGAUCGUGAGAGCUCUCACGACUUCGUGAUGUGUACCUACAUUGUAAAAUAUCAUCAGUGGAGGAGGGGAAGGGGUGUGAAAAUAAAUGUCAUGCUCGUAUAUCAAACGGUGUCACCGAAUCACUCGGCACUAAUUCGCAUUAUAUAGUAAACGUGUAACGUGUCCCAAUACGAGAUAUAAUUUCUCUUAUCUGUUACUUUGUGCCCAAACGUAUGACAAGAGUCCGAAAAAUGAUGGACAGCUACAUAAUGAUAUUGAUUUGAAGCUUUUAAGUCAUUUAUCCUGAAAUUGGCCUCAUACGGUAUUAAUCAUGCAUGUUUGACGUUUGGCUAUGAACAUUCGUUCAUAAAUGGUUGAAUUGGAACUCUUUGGACAUAAACUAACCAAUGCUGCACACUUGAUAGAAGGCAUACGAACUAAGAAAAUGUAAUUGGACAUAGUGGCAGUAUUUGUACAACAUCGUCUACCAGGUAGUCGAAUAAAAGUUUCUGUCAGUAGCUUCCUAAGCGUACGUGAAUUGUAACUUGCUGCUCAUUCCAUUUUCAGUUUGCGCUUUACUGAAAACCUAGCAUUAUCGGGCGAGAUGUUUUGUAGAUACGACUUUGGUCUCAUGUGUGCUCGUGUAUGUCACAAUCAUUAUUUAUCAAUUAAGCAGUAUUUCGAGCCAUGGAGUAGAACAUAGCUGCCGAUGCAUUUUAUACCGUUUAUUUCGCUCACUGGACGACUGCAUGUUUUGCGCGUAAUUGAUGUUUUGAUGUUGAUGACUUGUGUUACGCCCUUUUCGAAAUCGCUGUGAUAUUUUGUAAUAUACGUCCAUUCCGAAUCGCA